AUGUACUUGUUGCUGAAUUUCACGGAUGAUGAAUAUGGAAGCAAUUUGUAUUCUCCUGGUGUUGGUAAGUGAAAAUUGAACGUAUUUUUACGUGCAUAUUUUAUUGUUUAUGUACUUAUGUGUUGCCUUGCAAUUCCUUAUUUUAUAAUGUAGUAAAUUAGUCUGCUUUCAUUUGUAUAGAACAAGAAUUGUCUGUAUUGCCAAUGCACUCAAGACCACGUAAAACCAGCCUAACAAAAAGUGCUCAAGAACUUGUUGUUUCACCAAUUUACCCCGGUGAAAAUAAUGCUUUGACAUCUGGUUGUCAGGACUUAAAUAUGAGCAGAAUGGAGAGUGUUUUAACCUUCAACCCUGAAUUUGCACAGCACACCGGAGAUCCAUCUUCUGAUGAUUCCUCGAGCUCAGAGUCUGACCUUGGGUCUGACAAUGACAGGUACUAAAUUUAUACGUCGAUCUGUGCCAUUAUGCCACUGUUUACAAGUUUAAUAUUCACGUAAAAGUGUAUUACAGUGUCAUGUACGUAUAUGUAUUACUGUGGCAUUUUAUGUAAUGUAGUUGUCAUAUUAUUUGCAUGUAGGCAAUGUAGACAAACACAAGGUCAUGUCAAGUUGAAGUGUUACAUUUUUAAUUGUCAAUUGUAUGCAGAACAGGUAAAAGCUAUGUCCACACAGGGCUGACUUGGGUGAAAAUUUCUACAAUUUAUAUAUACUUAUGUGAAUUCAAGUCACAGCUCUAGGGAAGAUGACCACAGCAGUGUCCAACUCUGGUCCAGUGACGAGGUUGAAAGGUAUGUUAAAGCCAAUAUACUUCUUUAUUUUGUAAUGUAUUGUUUAAAGGUGAAGGAAGUGUACAUACAUGCAGUCAUACCUGUAUUCAUGAUUUCUAAACACUUCGGUGUAAUACUCUAUUGCCAAUUGGUGCUAAAGCUCAUAUAUCAUUGUUUGCAUUAUAGUUUAGAUGAUGACAUUGAUGAACAAACAUUGAGUGCCUCUGAGUUUGAAGAAGAAUUAGAAAUGCCAGAUCCACUUGAUGUAAAUAUCACAGACAAACAUAUAGAUCCAAUGGACAUCAAUACUGUCAAUACCACACAAGGAGAGGAGGACAUGGAUAUCAGAAGAUGUUGA